AGGGGGAUGGAGCGGUGAGGGAAGCACUUAGCUGGAGGUGAUGCUGAGAAGGGGGGAUGGAGCGGUGUAGGAAGCACUUAGCUGGAGGUGAUGCUGAGAAGGGGGGAUGGAGCGGUGUAGGAAGCACUUAGCUGGAGGUGAUGCUGAGAAGGGGGGAUGGAGCGGUGUAGGAAGCACUUAGCUGGAGGUGAUACUGAGAAUGACCCCUGGUAACUGGGAGGACAUUAGGAGGUGUCUAUAGCACUAGGUUCCAGUUCCUCUCUCCGAGUAUUAGGAUGCACAGAGAAAACAGUCCCUGCCCUCUGAAGCUUACUCUCUAAUGCAGCAGAAAGUGUGUACAAAAAUACGGGAUAUGUCGGUUGGAGAAUCCCCUGUUCUCAUGGCGGGGGGGCUUGGACAAGCACGGAGGAAGUGGGACAUCCAGGCCCCCGCGGGUCAGUCUGCAGUGAGGACACGCCCGUGGAUGGGUCCCAGAGCCUCUGGGGGAUCGGGUGCUGCCGUGGCAUCAGCUCCUGGGCCUUGGUCCUCACCAGAACAGACUUUACUCCUCCCAUGAGCUCCUAGAUAAUCAAGGAGACCUCAGCUGCUCCCAGUUUUCUCCUGCCCACCGGAAGAAAGGCCUUGGGAAGUUCAUGAAUCGGAGAGAAAAUCAUCAUUUUUGUGCCCUGGUACAAAACGGGAUAAUAGCAGCGAAGAUAAUCGGACAUCAGGUUUACAGAACACGUUGCAUACAAUCAUGUUUGAUGUCAAACCCUCACGGAGGUCCCCGGGCAUGGGGAGGCUCACUGUAGGUUCUCUGAAGUCCCUCAUAAAGUGGAGGAUCCAGAGCUUGCUGGGCGUGGACAAGAGGAGCAAGAAUUGUGUGUUUUAUAAUUGAUUUGAGUGAAAAAUGCAGUUUACUUCUCCAUUGGACUUGUUUCCUGACUGCACGGUGACGCUUCUCCUGUUUCGUAAUGUAAAAAAUGCUGGAGAUUUAAGAAAAAAGGCCAUGGAAGGUAACCUCAAUGGGGCAUUAAUUAACGCUACCAUGGUUCUCGACCCAUUUCAGAUCCUCAUAGCAGCCAACAAAGCCGUCCAUCUCCAGAAGCUUGGGAAAAUGAAGACCAGGACUCUGUGCACGGAAAUUAUCUUCAACCUUUCCCCGAACAACAGUAUUUCAGAGGCCUUGAAGAAGUUUGGCAUCUCCGACAGUGACACUUCAGUUUUAAUUGCUUGUGUCGAAGAAGGAGAAAAACAGAUGAAUCCAGAAGAUCUGGUAUCUCAGGUGGAUGGUGAUCAGGUUUCCCUCGACAUACUUCCAGAAAUAACAGAUAUCACCAAAGUUAAAAAGAUAUACAAAUUAACUUCCAAAGAAGAAAAGAUUGGGACGUUAUUAGAGAGUAUCAUUUGCAGAAUGGCAACUAAAGAUGUUUUGUGAAAUAAAAAAAAAAAAAAAA